AGAUAGGACACUCGCGAAGCCAAGACAGGCUUUGUACGCCCGCCAUGGGUGAGUUGUCACAAGAAGUGGAUGACCUGCUGUACGGCGAGGGCAAUUUCAAUUUUCUGGAUGAGUUCAACACGCAGGGUUCCCAGUUCGAGAACCUCAGUCAGAACACCCUGGAUAUGCCCUAUGACACAACGCAAGGUACGCAGGAAGGUACACAAGAUGAGCAGAGGUCUGGCUUGUCGCAGGAGCCGGUGGUCUCGUUGCUGGAUCAGACCACAGCUGAGCUCCAGUUCGAUGACCUAGACAUGAACGAUGAGUUUGAGCCUCCUUAUGAUCCAAAGGAUCUGCCAGAGCAUGCCUGCAGGUACUGCGGUAUUCACAGCCCUGGUAGUGUGAUGAAGUGCCGCGGUGAUGGCAAGUGGUUCUGCAAUAAUCGGCUUCCAGGACUUCCAAGUAGCUGUAUCAUUCUGCAUCUUGUAAGAGCCAAGCAGAAGGAGGUAUCUUUGCAUCCCGAAAGCCCUUUAGGGGAAAUUGUUUUGGAAUGCUACAAUUGUGGUCAGCGGAAUGUGUUUCUGCUGGGCUUCAUCGCAGCGAAAAGCGACUCCGUGGUGGUUCUGCUCUGCCGCGUUUGUCUCUCGAACAAUGCGCUUAAGGACUCCAAUUGGGACCUUGGUCAAUGGCAGCCCCUCAUUGAGGAUCGUAGCUUUUUGCCUUGGCUGGUGAAGGUGCCAGAUCCCAAGGAACAAAUGCGCUCCUGGAACAUCACAGCAGCGCAGGUCAACAAGCUCGAAGAGAUGUGGAAGACCAAUCCAGACGCCACCAUAGAGGACUUAGAUGGAAAGUCUGGUCCAGGCAUGGAGGAUGACCCACAGCCGGUGAUGCUCCGGUACGAGGAUGCUUACCAGUACCAGCAUGUGUUUGCCCCGCUGGUGAAGAUGGAGGCUGACUACGACAAGAAAGUGAAAGAGUCGCAGUCGCAGGAGAACGUAGUGGUCAGAUGGGAUAUCGGUCUCAACAAGAAGCGGAUUGCAUAUUUUCACUUCACCAAAGAGGACAGCGAGGCACGGUUGGUGCCGGGCGAUGAACUGCGUCUGCGCUUAAACUCAUCUGCCUAUGCCAACCUUGCAAACGCAGAUGAGACUGGUUGGAAUGCCGUGGGUCACGUCUCGAAGAUCACGGCAAACGAGGAGGUUGCCUUGGAGCUCCGUGGACCUCAGCAGGUAGGCCCAUGGGACAUCAACCAUGGCUUCCAAGUGGAGUUUGUUUGGAAGUCCACAUCCUUUGACCGCAUGCAAGCUGCCAUGCGCACCUUUGCGGUAGAUGACACCAGCGUCUCUGGUUAUUUGUACCACAAACUCCUGGGUCAUGAUGUGGAGCCUCAGACCAUUCGUGCGAAUGUGCCGAAGCAUUUCACAGCUCCAAACCUUCCACAACUGAACCACUCGCAGGUCUACGCAGUGCGGAAAGCAUUGUCAAAUCCAUUGUGCCUCAUCCAGGGACCUCCAGGAACAGGAAAGACCGUGACCAGUGCCACCAUUGUUUUCCACCUCACUCGGCAGAAUCAGGGUCAGGUCUUGGUUUGUGCUCCCUCCAACAUUGCUGUUGACCAGCUGGCUGAGAAGCUACACAAGACAGGUCUGAAAGUCGUGCGUUUGAGCGCAAAGAGCCGCGAAGCAGUGGCUAGCAGUGUUGACUUCUUGACAUUGCAUCACCAGGUGAGACAUUUGGACACACCUGACCACCAGGAGCUGCAGAAGCUGUUGGCCCUGAAGGAUGAGUUAGGUGAGUUGUCUCAUGCAGAUGAGAAGAAGUUCAAACAGCUGCAGAACUCCACGGAGCGCGAAUUGCUCACAGCCGCAGAUGUAAUUUGCACAACAUGCGUUGGAGCUGGUGACCCGCGACUGCAGAACUUCCGCUUCAAGCAGGUUUUGGUGGAUGAAUCGACUCAGGCCACUGAGCCAGAGUGCCUCAUCCCAAUCAUGAUGGGUGCCAAGCAGAUUGUGUUGGUUGGAGAUCAUUGCCAACUUGGCCCUGUCAUCAUGUGCAAGAAGGCCGCCAAGGCUGGCUUGCAUCAGAGCCUUUUCGAGCGCCUGAUCUUUUUGGGCAUUCGACCGGUGCGAUUGGAGGUGCAAUACCGAAUGCACCCGUGCCUCUCGGAAUUUCCAUCGCAGUCCUUUUACGAUGGCUCUUUGCAAAACGGCGUGACUUUGAAUGAGCGUCUUUAUGCAGGAAUCGACUUCCCUUGGCCUCGUCCAGACAUGCCAAUGUUCUUCUUGAACUCCACGGGCGCUGAAGAGAUCUCUGCCUCGGGCACCUCAUACCUGAACAGGACAGAGGCGACAAACAUCGAGAAGUUGGUGACCUACUUCUUGAAGUCUGGGGUGAAGCCUUACCAGGUUGGCAUCAUCACGCCCUACGAGGGACAGAGGGCUUACAUUUGCUCUGUGCUGCAGCGACAGACCUGCUUCAGUCACAAGGCAUACGAAGAGAUCGAGGUUGCCAGCGUUGACAGCUUCCAGGGCCGAGAGAAGGACUUUAUUCUCCUGUCCUGCGUGCGGUCAAAUCAGAAUCAGGGCAUCGGCUUUUUGAACGACCCUCGAAGAUUGAACGUGGCCUUGACCCGCGCCAAAUAUGGGCUGAUCAUUUGUGGCAAUGCCAAGGUGUUGGGAAAGCAGUUCCGGUCCCAGCCAUCUCUUUGGGUCAACCUGCUGAGCCACUACAAGAAAUAUGAGCUUGUGGUGGAGGGAGCAUUGUCAAAUUUGAGACAGUGCCACAUCACUUUCAGCAAACCCAUGCGCUUGCCAUCUCGCUACUUCGCGAAGGGGCCCAUUGGUGCCGAGGUAGGGCAAUUCGAUGACGAAAAGCGGGAUCAGGUGGACAUGGACUACUAUCGAGGACCUGCAGCAAGCAGCUCCAACGGCCACGGGCCCGAAGCCUUGGUGAGCCUCCAGAAACAGAGUCAGAGUCAGGUAGACGUGGUCGCCCAAUCCUUGGGACCAGUGCAGGCACCUUCAAAGUACUUCAAUGGCCCAUCGAUGUACAGCCAAAGCGCCAGCCUGACACCUUCGCAAAGAAGCAGUGACAGGAGUCAAGGCUCCAUGGAUCGCAAGAAAAAGGGGAAGAACCUGCGAAAGCAGGGCGGACUUUCGCAAGGUUCCGCCUAUUCAUCUCCGAACUACACGCAGAACAUUAUGUCGCAGGAGAGCUACACGGCCUUUGACGAUGGUUAUCACAACCUGACAAGUCAAGAGAGCCAAAGUCAAACCCAGAACACACAGGACCUGUAA